AGUUGAAGGACCAAUCAGAGACAGAGGAGUAACACGCUGCUCCACACUGACCACUGAUGCAGUCUACUGCUGCUGCAAUUCUGACAAGGAGCAACUUGCCAAAAACGCUUACCAUAAUGUUUCUUCGCGCUUUAGAAAUUAUAUUUUUCUUUUACUUUUUGUCCCACAUUCCAAUUACUCUCAUGAUUGAUCUUCAACCUUUGCUUCCUGAACAUCUGUAUCCUUCCAAGCUGAAAACCCUACUGCAUUGGUAUGCUGCUGAAUUCAGGGAUCCGAUGAUGAUGGGCCCUCCUGUGUGGUUCAGAUCUUUUAUAUUCUGCGAGGCUCUCGUGCAGCUGCCCUUUUUCCCAAUUGCAGCAUACGCCUUCAUGAAGGGUGGAUGCAGAUGGAUCAGGACACCAGCAAUCAUUUAUUCUGUUCACGUGGCAACUACUUUAAUUCCUAUUUUAAAUCACGUCCUGUUUCACAACUUUCCUCUGGUUCCACAUCCAGGACCCCAAACUCUUCAAGAACGCCUGACCCUGGUGUCAAUUUAUGCUCCAUACCUCAUCAUCCCUGUCAUGAUACUGUUCACCAUGCUCUUCAGUUCAACAUAUAACUCAACCUCUUUGAAAGGAAACGCUUCCUCAAAGUCCAAGAAACAAAGAUAGAGACAGUUCAUCCUUGCUAUGUAUUCAUUCUACACUAGUCAAUAUUUGAGGUGGAUCAAAACCAAAUUGCAUUCUUCUCUUAGGACAACUUUGAUGAACUUUUUUGAUCCACUCUAAAUGUUGACUGCUGUAGUAGUUGCUAGUAAUUACAUGUGAUUAAAUAUUUUAAUAUGUGCCAGGAUAUUUAAUAAUAAUUAUAUGUAGCAUGUAUUCUAUUACAAGAUUUUUGAUCUCAUAGUAAUUGUUUACCGUUAUGACAUGUAAAUGAAAAAUAUAUUUUUAUUUAAUCAUUCUUCAAAUCUGUAUGAAGUUUGUCGAAUAUUAAGAUUACACACUUGAUGAUCUAAACGGUAAAUGUAAACGAACAAUAAAUGAAUUUGCGGAAAAUA